AAAAGUAUUCAUGUGUCCCCUGAUUCCCUUUCUUUGCCCCCAGUAGUGAAUUCAAAACUAUUUUCAAAUGAUUAUUGAAAUGAUUUUCAAUAGUCAAUUUUAUAAAUAAAAUCUGAAAAGUGUGGCAGAAGCAAAACGUCACCAUGGCCGCAUUUUAUUCUUUCUAUUACACCUGACUGAGCUUGCUAUUUACACGGAAAACAUUUUCAGUCAUACAUGUACAACAGUGGAAGAGACAAAAGACUUCAAGCUGUAAAAUCAAGCGGGAGGGUUCGCUUUAAACCAUGAUAACGAUGAUCUUGAAAAAUAAACAAUAAAUAAAGGGCGUCUUCUAAAUUGAGAGAAAUUGACGACAGUGACCUCUGGCGGACAUGGAGAUCUGUGCAAGUGCGAGGGUCCGGAAGUUAAAUUAAACGGAGAGCAACAAACACGGUUGCGAAAUUGCACGGUUGACUGAAAACGUUUCAUUUUUAAAUCAAGAACAUUUAUAAUGGCUUGGCUUUAAUAAUGGCUAAAAUUUAAACUAACAAACUUGCUCAGGGUCGCAGAAAACUGUUGCUUAGCAACCAGUCGUCAAACAAUCACUUGCCUGGUCCACAGAACAAGAAAAAGAACUGAAUGCUUCAAGCUACCGUAAAAAUAACUAAUUCAGGGAGUUUUAUGUUUUGUUUCGCUUUGCCAUUAGUUUUAUAUUUUUAUAUCGUUUCCUGUAAAUACAGCUUCAUCCACAAAUGGCUGGGAAGAAGAAAGAGGCAUCAGUUAUGAACCAAGAACAAUGGGAGGAAAUACUUACUACCAAAGGUUUGACAGUUGUGGAUGUUUACCAGCAGUGGUGCGGCCCCUGUCGAGCCGUGGUUAGUCUCCUCCGAAAGAUAAAGAACGAACUCAGUGAUGACCUACUGCAUUUUGCCACUGCUGAGGCCGACAGUAUCGAUGCCCUGGAGAAGUAUCGAGGAAAAUGCGAACCCACCUUCCUUUUCUUUGGAGUCAGUGGUGGGGAGUUGGUGGCUGUGCUGCGAGGGGCCAAUGCUCCGAUGCUCCAGAGGAUGAUUGUGGAAGAGCUGGCCAAGGAAAAGCUGGUCAUGGAGCAAGGCAGUGGUCGCAAAGUGGUGAAGGAUUUAGGUCUGUUGGAUGAAGAGAAGAGAGAGGAGGAGGAGCUUCAGCAGCCACAAAAUGAAGAAAGUAUAAUUGUUCCUGCCAGUAAAUCCUACACAGUUGCCAUCAUUAAGCCUGACGCAGUUGCUCAUGGCAAGGCAAAUGAGAUCAUUAUGAAGAUUCAAGACGCUGGGUUUGAGAUUCUUGCACACGAGGAGCGCACUCUUACUGAAACGGAGGCUCGAGAUUUUUACCAACAUAAAGCAGCGGAGGCUUGCUUUGAGGACUUGGUGCAGUUCAUGUCCAGCGGUCCCUCCCAUAUUCUAGUGCUUUCUCAGAUAGAGGGCACGGCCAAUAUCAUACCAGCAUGGCGUGAGUUCAUUGGGCCAGCAGAUAUAGAGGAAGCCAGGAGAGAAAAUCCCGAAAGCUUGCGGGCACAAUACGGCACAGAGACGCUGUUCAACGCAGUGCAUGGCAGUGCGGACAGCGACCAGGCCAGCAGGGAGCUCGCCUUCUUCUUCCCCAACUUUAGGACGGCCUCCGACGCAGAGCAGGAUGGGGAGGAAGAGCGUGUGGAGAGGACGCUGGCUCUCAUCCGGCCUGACGUUGCCAGGGAGAACAGAGAUGAGAUUUUGGCCCAGAUUCUCAAGUCAGGUUUCACAGUCGCCCUCCAAAAAGAGGUGAUGUUGACCGAAGAGCAGGUCAAACAGUUUUACUUCCAACAUGUGGAUACAGACUACUUUCCUGCACUUAUGCGAAACAUGACAAGUGGGCCUGUACUGGCGUUAGCUCUGGCCAGGAAAGGAGCUGUCCAUCUCUGGAAGAACAUCCUCGGUCCUUCUGACCUUCAUAAAGCCAAAGAAGAGGAUCCUGAGUGUCUGAGGGCCAAAUUCGCUGUAGAAAAUGAACCCAUCAACCAGCUUCAUGGCAGCGCAAAUCCUGAAGAGGCAGAAAGAGAGCUGAACUUUUUCUUUCCUCAACAACGGACGCUGGCGGUCAUCAAACCCGAUGCUCUGGAGGAACACCGAGAUACAAUUUUGGAAGAGAUUCAGGGAAGAAGCUUCACCGUGGCGCAGAUGAAGGAGACUGUGCUGUCAAGAGAGAUGGCUGAAGAGUUUUACAAGGAGCACAGGGAGAAGCCAUUCUUCACGCAGCUGGUGGAUUUUAUGUGUCGUGGGCCCUGCAUGAUGCUCGUCUUGACCAAGGAGAAUGCAGUGGAGGAGUGGCGGGCCAUGAUGGGCCCCAGCGAUCCAGAGAAAGCUAAAGAAACCUCCCCACAGUCUCUGAGGGCCCGCUUUGCUGCCGACAUCCUCCACAACUCAGUUCAUGGUUCCUCCAACGAGCAGCACGCAGAGGAAAAGAUCCGAUUUGUCUUUGGUGACAUCAGCGCAGACGCAGCUCCAACUGCUGACAGCGAAACCAGCAGAGCCGCCUCAGCUGAAUGGCCAGGCAGUUCUGGAGAUGAAAACAAAGGAAUAUCAAGAUCUACAACCGAAGAGACAUAAUAUCUGGGAUCAGCAUGAGGUUUCUGGAGUUAGGGGGAUUAAAUGAUCAUGACUCAAAAGAGGCUUAGCAUGUGUAGUGGUGUAAAAAGUUGGAAUAAAAUGGGAAUCCCCCCCAAAA